AUGAGAUGCUACUUGCGAGCCCCUCUGGUGAUUGGGUGUUCAGCUGGUAAUGUCAUACGAAGAAACACGCUACCACGUUUUGGGGCUAAUAUUCAAAGAUUCCAUACCUCUCCAAUAACCAGAAUCAAUCCUUUAUUGCCCAUUGACCCUUUAGAAACUCUUGAAGAAGAAGAAGUAAAGCAAGAGAAGCAAAGAUUGAAUAGAGAAAAAAGGAAGUUGCUGAAACAACUGGGGGAAACCUCCAAAACAACAUCACUGGUCAAUAAUAAUUCACAAUCCCCAUUUUCCGAAGAAGAUGAACAGGAAAAACAGGAAAAGAGGAAAGAAAAAAGAGAAAGAUUUUACGGAUUCUUGUUCAAAUGUUUAGAAACCUCAGGGAUAACAUUUGCGUCGGUCGCGGUGUUGGCCGCUGCUGGGCUAACGUACCACGAGGUUUAUGAAAAUCAUGUUCUUUCCAAGUUAGAAAAAGCAUUUGGUCUUGGUGACACAUCUUUUGACUUGGCAAUCCAUGAAACCGCUAAUAGUUCGGGAACUGAUUGGGUCGAACGACCUCAACAAAAGUUGAUGGAUGACAUAGUGUCUGGGAAAAUUAAAGGUCGAUACUUCUUAUUGAUUGGGGAAAAGGGUACGGGAAAAACAUCGCUAGUGUUGGAAAGUUUCAGCAAAGUCAAUGGGAUGAAUUGUACUGCCAUGGAUGCCCACGCUGAUCCAGAGAUCUUUAGAAUUCGGUUGGGGAAAGCUUUAAAUUUCGAUUUCUUCGAAGACUAUAUUGGCUCAUUGUUUAGCAUCAGAGGCCCAAGAGACACCACUGCGAUUUUGGAUAUUGAAAGGGCGUUCACUAAGUUGGAAGAGGUGGCGAUCAAAAGAAUGAAGCGCACCAAGAAACCCUUGGUAUUGCUCAUUAAUUCCGCCCAUUUGAUUAGAAAUGACCCAGAAGGUGUCAAUCUCGUUGAACUAUUACAACAAAAGGCGGAAGAGUUAUGUGGGGCAGGACUCGUGACAAUGGUGUUCAACUCGGAUGAUUAUUGGUUGUACGAAAGAAUGAAGAAGUUAAGUACCAAAUUGGAAGUUAUCAGUAUCACCGAUUUGAACCGCGAAGACGCUGUGAAAACUCUUAAAUCCUCAAGAAAGAGAUUUUUCAAAGAAGAAUUGGAUGACAAACUUGCAAAUAGAGUUUAUGAUUUGGUGGGUGGUCGUCCUCAGCAUUUGUCAGAGGUUUCCAAACAUAGCAAUAUGAUUGUUGCCAGUCAUAAAAUCAUUGAUCGAGAGAAAACCUGGUUUUUGAACCAGUGUGGGUUAAUUGGUGAAGGUAUGGAUGAUGAUGUUAUGGAGAGUGGGAAAUUUUCUACUUCUGCUAUGCUUUUAGCAAAAGAAUUUGUGGAUAUGGAUAAAGCCCGACAUAAGUCUAAUGGGAACAUUGAGAAUAAUAAACUGCCGCAUGAAUUACCUUUAAAACUCUCAGAGAGUCAUAAAAUUCCUUCAAUGCCUCUUUGGAGAGCCCGACAAAUCAUGACCAGGCCAGAUUAUAUUCAAAAAUACGACGAUUUGAACAUUUUCACUAUUGAUCCUGAUUCUAACGUUCGUGCUGAUUCAGUGCCGAUGAUGAGAGCAUUCCAUGAGAUCGUAUGCCAGCCAGGAUUCGAUGAAUUAUUGGAAAGCACCUGUGAUAGAGUUGCGGCUAUUGAAAGUUUGGGGAGAACCAGAGAAUUGGUUGCAAAAGAUUUGGUUCUUGGAGGUCAAUACAAACUCAAAACUAUCAAAAAAUAUGACAAACCUAGAUAUCGUGAUGAAACCGUGACACACAUUUCAUUACAAGGUAGUGAUGAAGAUGAUCGGGAUGAGGAAAAUGCAAUACCACUACAAGAUUUACAUGAAGGUGCCCACAAGAACUGGUGGCAGAAGAGAAUGCAGAGCGAUUACGUUACCACGUAUCUGAGUGAUGAUUCAAUCAAACAGGAUGUUGAUAUACGGAAUGAUAUUACCGUGAAAGAAGAUUGA